AUGAUAUCCUCCAUUAAGGCACUCUUGCUUUUGACGGCUUCGGUCUCAGCUGCGCCUGCAGCUAGGAAUCUCUUGACUCCAAAAUUGGUGAAAACCCCGGAAUUGAAAGGUGUCGCGCUCGACCCGAAUCUGAUCCGAGAUUCGUGCAUCUCAACAUACGAGUUGAUUGAUGGAAGAGUGUUGUGGCUCUGCCGAGAUACCAUCAUCUUGAAGAAUCAAUCAAUACCCUACUAUUUUGAACACGGCCAGCUUUUCGGAGGUGGCGCCGCUGGUCUAGUCUCAUCCAGUGCAAGCUGGAGUGAUCAAGGCCUAUUGGGUCCCGAUUUCGUGCAACCUCCACCACAACAGGGCCAGAAGGAUGUCACUUCUCUGUACCCUGCCCAACUGACUCAAUACGGAGGAUCCAGUAUCUACGACCAGGAUCUUGCCUAUGUCCCCUAUCAACCAGACGAGUGCGACGGUAUACCGGCUGGCACCUCCGGGGGAAAUUGCAAUGACGGCACGAGAUAUGCACUGUGGCCUGACUCUCCGCCAGUAGUCACCAACACCGCCCUGGACGGUACAGUCACCAUGCACCUCUAUCUCAGGGUCCCUCACACUGGUUUUCUCCGCAUCGUCGACUUUUACCCACCGUGCUCCCUGUUUAAGUUGACGUAUACGCCAAACACGGACAAGACUGUUCUGCCCUCGAUCUCAUUGGUCGCCCAGGACUUCUUCCCGAGGUACGUUUUCAACUAUGGAGAUUUCGCGCACGCGAAAGACCCCCUUGGUCAGACCCUCUAUCUCUGGGCUCAGAGCUUCCAGGGUAACUACGGACUGGCGCGCGUCCCGGUCAAUGCGGUUGAGGAUCUCAGCCAGUACGAAUACUACUACAGUAACGGCACUGGAUGGUCCAGCGUGCAGCCCAAUGUCAAUCAGACCGAGGCCUACGUCGACAUCGGUGGUCUUGGCGCCAGUGGACAAGCGACGAUCUACUGGAAUCCAUUCUUUGGACAGUAUGUGGCCUUUGGCCAGCUUGAGGGUGAAUUUGUAGCCAAUCUCUACAUGUCCUUGGCAUCCAACCCCGAAGGACCUUGGUCAGACGCAACGCUCGUCUACUCUUUUCCCACUGGCCCGUCCGGCAACGGCUACACUCUUGCAGCUCAUCCUGAAAUGAGUUUGCUCCCGAACGAGAUCUACAUCUCCUACACCGGUUCAAGUGACUAUAAUAACAACACCAACGACCAGGUGUACAACACCCCAAUAUACAAGCUCACGUUCGGACUGGGUCUCUGA